GGACUCCUGGGUCCUGGCGGAAGAGAUGACCUGCGCUCCUGGUCCGACAGAGCAGGGACCUGGGGACCCCGACUCCUAAGUCUGAGGGUGGAGGGCCUGGAGGCCCAGAGCCUUCCCCUAACACACACCCCCUUCAAACGCCCGCUGGCGCGCCCCGCCCCUCCCGCCUCCAGUUAACCCCAAGCCUGCGGAGGAGCCCGGGACAGUCUCCCGGAGCCCACGGAUGGAGGAGGAAAGCGACCGACCCGCUCUCGGAAGAGGGAUGGAGGCCGACGAGCCCGCCAGCCCCCGGGAGCCGCCGUCGCCGCCCCCGCCGCCGUCGCCGCCGUCCCCCUCUGCCCCCGACACCCCGGGGACCCCCCAGCCCGAGCAGCCGACGGAGGCCUACGCCCGGCAGCUGCUGCUGGAGGAGUGGAGACCCCCGGGGGGGAGCCUGGAACUGCCCCCGCGCCUCACCUGGAAGCUGCUCUUCCUGCGGCGGCCGCUCUACCGCAACCUGCUACGUUCGCCCAACCCCGAAGGCAUCAACAUUUAUGAGCCAGCACCCCCUACUGGUCCCACCCAGCAGCCCCUGGAGACUCUGGGCAACUUCCACGGCUGGUACAUUAGGACCGAGAAGCUCCAGCAUGACCGCAGCUGGACGGUGAAGCAGCAGUGUGUGGACCUUCUGUCCGAGGGCCUGUGGGAGGAGCUCCUUGACGAUGAGCAGCCAGACAUCACGGUCAUGGACUGGUACGAGGACAGCCGGCUAGACACGUGUGUCUACGAGCUGCACGUCUGGCUGCUGGCAGCUGACCGCCGCUCAGUCAUCGCGCAACACCACGUGGCCCCCCGAUCCUCUGGACGGGGCCCCCCCGGCCACUGGCUCCAGGUGUCCCACGUCUUCCGCCAGUACGGCCCUGGCGUGCGCUUUGUUCACUUCCUGCACAAGACCAAGAACCGGAGGGAGCCUGGCGGGCUGCGGCGGACAAGGGUGACAGACUCCUCCGUGUCUGUGCAAUUCAGGGAGUGACUGGCUGUCCAACUCCCAGCCUGUUCUGACCCUUUGUCUCACUGGUCCAUAACGUGUGAUCCCUCAGCACCUCCCUGAUCUCUUAGCACUUCCCUGACCCUUUGCAUCUCCCUGACCCCUUAAUAUCUUCUUGUUCCUUUAUCCCUUUGGACAGCUUAGCAUCUCUUUUACCUCCCUGACCCUUAGAAGUCCCUGGCCCUUAGCACCUCCUUGACCCUCAGGAGUCCCUGGCCCUUAGCACUUCCCUGGCCCUUUAGCUCUGCCUUGUUGUCUCACACACUUCCCCGAUGUGUGGAGAAGCACCCCCGCCCCCUGUUCCCUUCCCACCUUCAUGACCCUUCAGCUUCUCCUUGGUCACUUACCACCCCCCAGGCCCCUGCUUCCUGCCUGGCCCUUGAUUUCCCACCUGACAUCUUCACACCCCCUUGAAUGGCUGACUGGCAUUUCUUCUGUGCUCUCUGAGCCCUGUGAGGGCUGAGGGCAGCAACCGCUUCUUCCCAAGUUAGUGCUCCACAGACAGAAGGUGC